AUGGCAGUGAAUGCAGUCAAUCUUGCUUUCAUUUCCUUGGAGCUGCUCAGUUUUGAAACUGCACAUUUGCCAUCGUUGAGACAUGAUAAUCAAUGCUCAUCCACCGAUAUACAGGAUGUCGUUGUAGAGUUUAAAAAGUGGUUCUUUGACGACUGUCCCCAAACCUUAAACCUGCUGAUCACUGGUAAAACUGGGGUAGGGAAAUCUCGUCUUGUUAAUGCUCUCGUUGGUAAAAAGGUCGCUAAAGAAGGCCGAGCACUAGAUCCCUGUACGUCUGAGGUAACGUCUUACAAAGUAGUUAUCAAAGGGGUUGCAGUCACUGUGUGGGAUUCUCCUGGAUUACAAGACGGAACGAGUAAUGAAGACCAGUACAUAGAAGACAUGAAGAAAAAGAUAAAAGAUGUGGCUUUGAUAAUCUACUGUGUCAGGAUGGACGACACUCGAUUCUAUGAUGAAGACAAGAAAGCCAUUCGAAUACUGACAGAGGAGUUUGGGAAGGACCUGUGGGUUAAUGCUGUAGUGGCUCUGACGUUUGCGAACAAGGUUGAAGACCCUGAUGAGGAGAACGAUUUGGAAAAUUUUCGGUUUCAAUUUCGGGAGUGGAAAAAGCAGUUGAAAGAUUAUUUUGCAGCUGUUGGGCUCAACCCUGAAACAAGCAGAUUGAUUCCAAUAAUUCCUGUGGGAAACAAGGUAAAGUCUAUGCGUCUACCUGAUCGAGAAAACUGGCUUUCUGCUCUGUGGAUCGAAUGUUGCCUAAUCCUGAAGCUUUGUCCAGUAAGUUUGAUAGGUUUUUGUUACACCUGUGAUCGCGGUUUUUAUUGCCCUAAAUGGAGACAGUGAUUUUUCUAACGGCUAAUUACAAUUUAUUUAUUUUAAUCUUAAUUUAAAUCUUUAUUA